AUGUCUUCAGAAGCCCCAUUGGACACAGAGCUCAGCAGAAGAAGCCUCAAGAAGCAAUGCUCGUUCACCAUCGAGAACAUUCUCUCCAGCCCAGCAGAGAGAAGUCCCCAGGUUCUGGUCCCAUUCUGUCUCCAGGGGAUCUUGGACUGUGAGCCCAAGGGGUUGUGUGGGCUGGAGGCCAUCGCUGCUGGCUCUCUGCAGGAGGAGGAGGAAGAAGAAGAAGAACUGGAAGCUGCUGGGGCAUGUAAGAAUCUUCAUGGGAGCCAGAACGAGCUGCAGACCUUCCAUCAGAUCCAAAGGCGGACCCGUCGGCACCGGACCAUCUUCACUGAAGAUCAGCUACAGGCCCUGGAGGCUCUUUUCAACCAGAACCAGUACCCAGAUGUUAUCACCAGAGAGCACCUGGCCAACCGCAUCCAUUUGAAGGAGGAGAGAGUAGAGGUUUGGUUUAAAAAUCGACGGGCCAAGUGGAGGCAUCAGAAAAGAGCUUCUGCUUCAGCUCUGCUCCUUCAAGGCACCAAGAAACCCUCGGAGGAGAACUGCUAA